CAGUGGUUAGUUUCCGGCUCGCUGUUGUUGUUGAGGCGCUAUGGUGUUUCAUUGCGGCCUCGAUCUUUUCGCUUGAGUUUCUUUCGUGUUCUGCGGGUUCAUGUUCCGCGCCGCUGAGACCAAGAGCUUCGGUAAAGUGGGAACCGGCUGGCACUUUCGGCGGACGAUGGACGAGCUUGUCCAUGACUUGGUGUCGGCUCUAGAGGAAAGUUCUGAACAGGCCCGUGGAGGGUUUGGUGAUGGUGGAGAUCACGCCCUAGCCGUCGGUUGCCUGUUAAAGCGGCAGGCGCGCAAGCGACGUGGCCGGAAACGCCGGUCCGAUAAUCCUCAUCCGUCGUGGGACACCUGUCACCUGAGCGAAGGGUCCGAAUCCAGCCUGGAGGAGCAGAAAGACUAUCGUUCCUCCACGGCGGCCGGGGGCGCUCACAACCGCGACAACAACAGUGACUCUGAUGACCAACUGGCCGCAAAGCGGCGUACGCCCAUCACUGCUGACCCAGGCAGGGGGAAGAGACCUCUGUGGAUGGAUGAUUUAAGCGGAGCUGAUGUGUUAGGAACACGCAGUUUAAGGAGGCGUCGGAAGGUCAAGCGCAUGGCUGUAGACCCGCCUUUAGACGUCGCCACCAUGUUGGCACCCCCUAAAGCGUCCACGGCAGGUGGCAGUAGAGAGGCGGGGUUUCUGGAUGGGAAAGGAAGUGAGGCGAGCAAAAACAGGGUGAAGAAAAGAAAGUUCACGGCGCAGAGACUCGCGCACGACGCCGCGGAUGAAGGGGUGGUGGUGGAGAGUGAGGAGGUGGGUCAGGCGGCCAAAGACAAGAUGGACUUUGACGAACAGAAGGGCUCAGAUGAGGACAUGAGUGACAGGUGCGAGACAAGCAGUGUCAGUAACAGCAGUGAUGGGGGUCUGUACACCAAUGACGAAGGAAGACAAGGCGAUGACGAGCAGAGUGAUUGGUUUUAUGAAGGAGAGCCGGGAGGGGCCUGUGGAAUUGCGGGCGUGGUCCCAUGGUGGGAGAGAGAUUCCAAUGAGCUCGACCUCAAUGACCCCGUGUUCAACAGCAUACUGACCGGAGCGUUUCCUAUAAUGUCACAGGGGGCUCAGAGAGGGUUUCAGGCGCGGCUGGCACGGCAGGCUUGUCUUCAGCAGUCGCAGGGAUCAUCUCAGAGAAUCGUUCCUGAUCGAUUACCACGGUUAUCGCAGGACCCUCAUGACUCGUGGUUCAGCUCUGGGGUCAGAAGAGAUCAGUUGCUUUGGGAUUCUCGUAGUGACAGAAGCCACAGAAAAAGCUGCUCAUUAAAGACGGCCAGCAGACAGACGAGUGGUCACCUCGGGUCUUUGUGUACUGGAGAUAUAAAGAGACGAAGAAAAGCCGCACCAGUAGGAGCCUCUUCAGCCGCAGGUGUGGUGGGUGAGAGUGUCCCUCCUCUCCCGGAGUCAAAUGUGGGGAACCGUAUGAUGCAGUCUAUGGGCUGGACCCCAGGCUCUGGUUUAGGUCCAGAUGGCAGAGGCAUCACAGAGCCGAUCCGUGCGUCUCAGAGGCCAAAAGGAGCUGGAUUGGGUUUCAAUUGAGCUCGAUCAGAGAACGGAGAGAGAAACUCACAGAGAGACACAGACGUGGUUGUCUCUCUCUCCGUUGACCUCGCUGUUAAUGGCAGGCAGCAGCAGAGAGCCAAUAGCUUUAUAGAUGAAAGAAUACAAUGAAAGAGAAGAUGUGCAUCAACCCAACUGACUCUAGAGCUGACUUACUGCCGCCCGAAAAACACGGACUUUAACACCACUGUUAUCGCUCACUAGACAUCCUGGUUGCUUUUUUUGAGUAACUCCAAAAAAUAUAUUAAUUUGAAUAUUGAUAGUUUUAAAGAUUUCGAACACUGAGAGAUGAAAGAUGCAUUUUACCACUUUUCUUUCAAAGUAGUUAUCAGUCUCGUGAAUAUUUGGUCAUGUUUCGCCACAAAUUUAUUGCAGAAUUAUGUUUUGCAUGGGAAAAAAAAGCUCUGUUUUGAGGACCAUUGCAGUUAAUUGCACCGUGACAUAAUUUCCUCAUAAUUCUCAUUAUCAUAAUGCAAUACGUAAAAAAUUGUUUAUGGCACAACAUGAUUUAGAUUUUAAACUUUGUUUGCCAGAAAACAACAGACUGAUGGAUUCUAAAAAAAAGUAUUUAAAGUAAUGAAUUUUGCAUCUUAAUAAUAUUCUUAUUUUACUGACAAAAGAGUCAAUUUUUGUUAGAAUUGUCAUGAACAUUUCAUUCAUGAUUUGGUUGUUUAGACAUUUGGGCAUAUAUGUACCAAUCUGUUAUGCUAAUAAUGAAUGUGGAUACCUCGCCCUCAUGAAAACUACUUGUUUUAAACACCGAAGUGACACCGAUUGAGCCGAGUUACCGUCGCUCUGUGACCUCCGAUCCAUUCCGUUUUCAUUCUGGUGUGUUACACUAAUGUGCAAUUCAGUGAAAUGCAUGUACUGUAUUUCUAAAUACAGUAAUUGGAUUUAUUGACUGAAUGAGCUUAAUGAUAAUAGAGUUAACUAUUCAAGGAGAUGAACUGAUUCUCACUGAUCAUUUGUAUAUGUGUGGAUCACGGCAGUGUUUGCUAAACACUUCAGCGCGCAUGUGAGCAAUCCCCGAUGAAUGGAGAUUAUUUUAAGGAAUUAAGCAUGAGUGUUUCUGUCAUUUUUGCCAAUUUAUUUGCAGAUUAUUUAAGGACAGGCAAAUAAUCUCAAUGUUUCCCGAAGUCACAGUGGUGUGUCUGUUCAUAUACUGGAUCAGUAUUAAAACAUUCUCUGCUCGUCUUUAAAUUGUAUCUUAUUUUCUUCUUUAAUCAGACUUUUUUUUUUUCAAUUUAGUCUGUAACCUAAAAUUUAUUUAAUUUGACGCUCUUAAAUGCUUUUAAGGAAUUAUAGAUUUAAAGGCUUCGUAAACCGGAAGUUGCGAUCGUAUUUACUUCCGUAUUCUGACACAUUUCCGAGUGAAAAGGAAUUUCAAAGCAGAAAAUGUGUGGGCGUGGCUUGCGUUUUCACUGCGAAUUGAUUGGAUGCGUAACAGCUGUUGCAUUGAUUUUGAAAUGAAACUGGCAGCAGACUGACAGUUGAAGGGGAGGAGUUAACGGAUGCUCCGGCCAAGCCGUCUAAUUUACGUCAUUUGAGAUCAGAGCGGAAGUGCAUUUUCAGAUUUUAACUCAAGAUUUUGAGGGAACAGGAAUUUUAAAACGAAAAUGACCCACAUUGAUAAGCUUUUUACUAUAAACGCUGCAGUAUUUCAUGAAAAAAUAAGAAUUGUCAUUUUUAAUUUACCUGGAACUUUAAACAAAAGUCACAUCUCAGUGGAAAAUUCUUAAAUAUAUAUAUAUAUCCAAAAUGUCUGUAAAAAAGAGAUUUUAAAUGUUUCUCUGCCUCGAAAGGAACUGAACAUGUAACUGCUUGGGGACCAGAUGAUGCCUUAA